AUGCUGCAAAACGUAGGAUCUUUGCUUACAGGCUUAUUGCUAAUCGUAAACGCUGCAUCAACCGACCCAAGCUCCGACGAGACAAGCGUAUGCCAAACCGAGUCAGUACCUGAUGGUUUCAAAGACAUCCCAUCGUCAGAGCAGGACGCCUGGAGUUUUGUCGCUGCACCCGGAAACUUCAUGUACGUGCUGUACAGAAAUUAUCACAGUGACCGUCAAAACAAGGGAACAAAUAAGUGUGUCAUGGUACAGAAAGUUCCCUAUAGCAAUACAGGGGAGACAAAAUAUGCUAACUUCACAAAGUGGUACAAUGAAACAACAUGUCUAUCGUACGCAACGGAAUCGUUCUACAGAGUCGUAAAGUUGGAAGGAAGUAAAGGUACAACAAAUAACGUGUUGGCUGCACGGCAUAAAGUCGGUGGGAAGUUUACGAAGACAUUUUGCUAUCCUUUUGCAUACACUAAUGCAAAGUGUGCCGUUGUGUUGAUGAAUCAUUGGAACUUUGCUGCCAAAAACCAGUGCAGAGAGGAGACCCGAAAUCAAGAGGAUGCAGGUGAGAAAAUAACGGCCACUACUGGUAAACAAAGACCCUGCGAAACAGCCUGCGAAAUGUGGGUGAGGCAUGAAAAUCUAAACGAAACUUCUCUAAGCGAGAACUGCACCAAAUACUACAAACAGUUUUGCGGUGAAAGCAAAAUAUUUCUCUACGACAAGCCAAUUUGUGAUCAAGUCGAAAAAUUAUCCAUUAACAUAACUAACUCUAAUUCAAAGGAUGAAUAA